AUCAAUUUUCUGUUACCCAAAAUUGUUCCUAGACUCAUCCAGUUAUGCAGCACUUUCAAAUUACAGGAUGCGAUCACAACUUCCGUUCUUUCAACCUAAUAAUUGUUAUGUUGCCAAUUCAGAUAUUAGCUGUUGGUGCAGACCCUGUACUCAGCCGUUUUGAUAUAAAUGGAAUGAUACUUACGCAGAUCCAUUGUGCUUCUCAAUCAGCGUUUUCAGUCUCUUUGCACCCAUCUGGUGUUACUGCAAUGGGUGGUUAUGGGGAUCUUGUAGAUGUCAUAUCACAGUUUGGAAGUCAUUUGUGCACAUUCCGCAGCCAUUGUGUUUAAAAUUCACUGAGAUCUACCACAACCAGAAACUAAUGUUAAAAUAAUGCUUUGACUAUCGUACUUGGUGCCAUCUAAAGUGGCUUUGACUUUUAUAGAACUUCGUACUAUAAAAUUAACGAUUUUAUAUUUUGAUUUGGUAGACAUGAUUCUGGAGUUUUGAUUGAUUGUAUUUCCUACGUGGGUCCAUUCUGUGUUUGAAGUUUGUCCGUUUAGCGGAUG